AUGCUAGGUCUCCCUGUCACAGAAGAAGAACUUGAUUUGGGCAAUCUGCAAGAAGUAGCAUACCGCCCGUUGUUAGCUGCCAUCGAUCCUCCGGUUAACGAAGAAGAAAAUUUCAGCGAACUCGUAGACUCUGUUUACUACAGAAACGGUCAGAGAGUUACACAUACCAUGUGCCCUACACCCUACAACCACUACGCACAGGUCAAAGUUCCCGUUUGUGAGCAAACAGCGAUGCAACAAUACGGAAAAGGACAGCAAACAUGGAUGGAAAUGCCAGCUUCUCAAUCCAUCGGCCAGUAG